AUGGCCCCCCAUGAACAGCUGUCGCCCAUUCCCAACGGCGGUGGCAUUGAGAUGCUGGAGGCGGGCACCUUCGACCUGCACUGCUUUAGACACUCACAGGUGCGCCCUCGCCAUUUCUUCCCCUUCCAUUCCACCAAACCAGUGAAGUGCAGGCCAUUUUCACACCGUGUCCUUCCAUUCACGCCCAUCCCAACCUUGCUGCAUCUCCUCAUGCCUUGGCACCAGGUGGAGAUGCCCAUCCGCUGCGACCUCUUUGACCUGCACCUGCCCGCUGCCAUUCGCAAGGACCGCUCGCUGCUCGCUACUGGGGUCGUCGUGCCUGGCCGAUCAUAUU